GGCUGGUGGGGAGUGGGGGGGAAGGGGCGGCACUUCCGGUUGGGCCCUCGGGUCUCCCCGGAGCGGCGGCACCUCCUCCGCCUCCUCAGCCUCCUCCCGGCGGAGACCCCAGCGCCGGGUCUCCCUUCUCUCCACCGGCCAGAGAUGGAGGCAAACCAGGCAGGCAGCGGUGCCGGGGGUGGCGGGAGCAGCGGCAUCGGGGGCGAGGACGGGGUCCACUUCCAGAGUUACCCCUUUGACUUCUUGGAAUUCCUCAACCACCAGCGCUUUGAGCCCAUGGAACUGUACGGGGAGCAUGCCAAAGCAGUGGCGGCCCUGCCCUGCACCCCGGGGCCCCCGCCCCAGCCCCCACCCCAGCCUCCUCCGCCUCAGUAUGACUACCCACCCCAGUCCACUUUCAAACCCAAGGCGGAGGCUCCUUCCUCAUCCUCCUCGUCAUCAUCUUCCUCCUCAUCUUCAUCUUCUUCAUCUUCUUCAUCCUCUUCCCAAGCCAAGAAGCUGGAUCCGCCAUUGCCGCCCACCUUCGGGGCGCCACCCCCUCCGCUCUUUGAUGCUGCCUUCCCUGCCCCGCAAUGGGGAAUUGUCGACCUCUCUGGGCACCAGCACCUGUUCGGAAACCUGAAACGAGGAGGGCCCACACCUGGGCCUGGGGUGGCAUCAGGUCUUGGCACUCCCACCGGGACCCCUGGGCCACUUCCCACACCCACGCAGACCCCACCUGGGCCCACGGUCGGGGCGGCCUGCGACCCAACCAAGGACGAUAAGGGCUACUUUCGAAGGCUGAAGUACCUGAUGGAGCGUCGCUUCCCAUGCGGUGUGUGCCAGAAGUCCUUCAAACAGUCCUCACAUCUGGUCCAGCACAUGCUGGUGCACUCUGGGGAGCGACCAUACGAAUGCGGCGUCUGUGGCCGCACCUACAACCACGUAUCCAGUCUCAUACGCCACCGACGCUGCCACAAGGAUGUGCCACCAACUGCUGGUGGUCCGCCGCAGCCCGGGACACCGCUUCCUUCGCUGGGCCUCCCAGUACCCACUUCCAGUGCCACAGCCACCUCCGCUCCUGCUGCAGUGUCCUCCGGCCCCUCAGCUACACCUGCAGCACCUGCCACCUCCACGGAUGGGAAUGCCACCCCCGCUGUCGCUGCCGCUGCCACUGCCGCAGCUGGAGUGGCCUUGCCUCCCCCCCCCACUACUGGCGGGGAGGGCCCAUUUGCCUGCCCCCUCUGCUGGAAGGUCUUCAAGAAGCCCAGCCACCUCCACCAGCACCAGAUCAUCCACACGGGUGAGAAGCCCUUCUCCUGCUCCGUGUGCAGCAAAAGCUUCAACCGGAGGGAGAGCCUCAAGCGGCAUGUGAAAACGCACUCGGCCGACCUGCUGCGCCUGCCCUGUGGCAUCUGUGGCAAGGCCUUUCGCGAUGCCUCCUACCUCCUCAAGCACCAGGCGGCUCAUGCCGGGGCCGGGGCCCCGCGGCCGGUCUACCCUUGCGACCUGUGCGGGAAGACCUACUCAGCGCCCCAGAGCCUGUUGCGGCACAAGGCUGCCCACGCGCCACCUGUGGCCACCGAACCGGCCAAGGAUGGGGCGACCCCAGUCCCGCAACCACCUCCCACCUUCCCCCCUGGCCCCUACCUCCUGCCGGCGGACCCGACCACCACCGACGAGAAAGCCACAGCUGCUGCAGCGGCGGUGGUGUAUGGGGCGGUGCCUGUGCCACUUCUCGGCGCGCAUCCGCUGCUGCUCGGUGGUGCCGGGAACGGCGGUGCUGGUGGCGCGGGCACGGGCGUCCCAGGCAAGACGUUUUGCUGCGGCAUCUGCGGGCGGGCGUUCGGGCGCCGCGAGACCUUGAAGCGCCACGAGCGCAUCCAUACCGGCGAGAAGCCCCACCAGUGCCCAGUGUGCGGGAAGCGCUUCCGCGAGUCCUUCCACCUGAGCAAGCACCAUGUGGUGCACACCCGGGAACGGCCCUACAAGUGUGAGCUGUGCGGCAAGGUCUUCGGCUACCCGCAGAGCCUCACGCGUCAUCGCCAGGUGCACCGGCUCCAGCUGCCCUGCGCCCUGGCCGGAGCCACAGGCCUCACCGGGGGCCAGGGGACCACGGGGGCCUGUGGACCCGGGGCUGCAGGUGCUUCGGGCGGGCCCGCCGACGGCCUGAGCUACGCCUGCUCGGACUGUGGGGAGCAUUUCCCGGAUCUCUUUCACGUCAUGAGCCACAAAGAAGCCCACAUGUCAGAGAAGCCAUACGGCUGUGAUUCCUGCGGCAAGACCUUCGGCUUCAUCGAGAAUCUCAUGUGGCACAAGCUGGUCCACCAGGCUGCCCCGGAACGUCUUCUGCCGCCAACUCCCAGUGGCCCCCAGUCCUCUGAUAGUUCUAGCGGCGGCACCGACGCAUCCAGCGUGCUGGACAACGGACUGGCCGGAGAGGUGGGGGCGGCGGUGGCAGCGCUGGCCGGCGUGUCUGGGGGCAGCGAGGAUUCGGGUGGGACGACUGUGACCGGAGGGGGUGGCGGGGCCACUUCAGGCGCUGAGCGCUUCAGCUGUGCCACGUGCGGCCAAAGCUUCAAGCAUUUCCUGGGUCUGGUGACUCACAAGUAUGUGCACCUGGUGCGCCGGACCCUGGGUUGUGGCCUCUGCGGCCAGAGCUUUGCCGGCGCGUACGACCUGCUUCUGCACCGCCGAAGCCACCGACAGAAGCGGGGCUUCCGCUGCCCGGUGUGCGGGAAGCGCUUCUGGGAGGCGGCCCUGCUGAUGCGCCACCAGCGCUGUCAUACAGAGCAGCGGCCCUACCGGUGCGGCGUGUGCGGCAGAGGCUUCCUGCGUUCCUGGUACCUGCGGCAGCACCGAGUAGUGCACACGGGCGAGCGCGCCUUCAAGUGCGGAGUGUGCGCCAAGCGCUUUGCGCAGUCCUCCAGCCUGGCCGAGCAUAGGCGACUGCACGCCGUGGCCCGGCCUCAGCGCUGUGGCGCCUGCGGCAAGACCUUCCGCUACCGCUCCAACCUGCUGGAGCACCAGCGGCUGCACCUGGGCGAGCGCGCCUACCGUUGCGAGCACUGCGGCAAGGGCUUCUUCUACCUGAGCUCGGUGUUGCGCCACCAGCGUGCCCACGAGCCCCCACGGCCCGAGCUGCGCUGUCCCGCCUGUCUCAAGGCCUUUAAGGAUCCUGGCUACUUCCGGAAGCACCUGGCUGCCCAUCAGGGAGGUAGGCCCUUCCGCUGCUCCUCCUGCGGUGAGGGCUUUGCCAACACCUAUGGUCUGAAGAAACAUCGCCUGGUGCACAAGGCUGAGGGUCUUGGGGGGCCCGGAACAGGGGGAAGCGCCUUGCCCGGGAAGGAUCCCUGACCAGGGAAUUUCAAUGCACCACUCCACUCCAAUCAGAUGUUCCCUUCUGGACCCCCCCCCAUCUUCCUGGGGCUGCUGGUCAGACUCUCCCCACCCCUCCUUAUUGUUACCCAUUCUAAAGAACUACAGAUGGUCUAGCUUCCUUCUGACCCCAUGCCCUGCCCUAUAAACUGAAGGUUAAAUUACUACAAUGCCAGGCCAUUCUGGCCCUUCCUUCUUCGUCCGUCAGACACUGAACUUGAUCCUCCGUCCAGCCUUCUUUUGUAAACCUCAUCUGCUACCCAGCCGCGUUUUGGCUCCCGUGAACUCCGCGGUGAAGAUGGGCCUGAAUUACCGGCCGCCUCUACUUCCUUUGGGACCUGGCUGGACAGUGGACUAUGAACAGAGUUGAGGGGGCACAGGUUGGG